CGGGAGCCGCCAUCUUGGACCCGCGGCCUCGCCCCGAGGCGGUGGCUCGCCGGUCCCGGCCCCGCCCUCGCGCCGCCAUGUCGUCCCCGUCCCCGCUGGAGUGUUGGGUGCGACGGGACGUGCGCCUCCUCACGCUGGCCGGCCACGUGGGCUUCGACAGCCUGCCCCGGCAGCUGGUCAGCAAGUCGCUGGCCAGGGACUUCAGCUUCAACAUCCUGUGCGUUGGCGAGACGGGCAUCGGCAAGUCCACGCUCAUGAACACGCUCUUCAACACGGUGCUGGAGACGUGCGAGGGCAGCCACUUCGAGAGCUGCGUGCGCCUGCGGCCGCGCACCUACUGCCUGCAGGAGUGCAACGUGAACCUGCGGCUGACCGUGGUGGAGGCGGCGGGCUUCGGCGACCAGAUGGACAGGGACUGCAGGCCCAUCGUGGACUACGUGGACGAGCAGUUGGAACGCUACCUGCAGGAGGAGCUGAAGCUGCAGCGCUGCCUCUGGGACUAUCGCGACACGCGCAUCCACGCCUGCCUCUACUUCAUCGCGCCCACCGGCCACUCGCUCAAGGCCGUGGACCUGGUGACCAUGAAGAAGCUGGACAGCAAGGUGAACAUCAUCCCCGUCAUCGCCAAGGCCGACACCCUCACCAAGAGCGAGCUGCCCAAGUUCAAGAGCAGGAUCCUGAGCGAGCUGGACCAGAACGGCGUGCGCAUCUACCAGUUCCCCACGGACGACGAAGCCGUGGCCGAGGUGAACGCGUGCAUGAACGCGCAGCUGCCCUUCGCCGUGGUGGGCAGCACGGAGUGCGUGCAGGUGGGCAGCCAGCUGGUCCGCGGCCGCCAGUACCCCUGGGGCGUGGUGCAGGUGGACGACGAGAGCCACUGCGACUUCGUGAAGCUGCGGGAGAUGCUGAUCCGCGUGAACAUGGAGGACCUGCGGGAGCAGACGCACUGCAGGCACUACGAGCUGUACCGGCGCCGGAAGCUCGAGGACAUGGGCCUGCAGGACGACUCGGGGCACGAGGCGCGGAGGAAGUUACUGCUGGCCGAGAUGCGCAGGAAGGAGAAGCUCCUGAGGCAGACGUUCGCCAGCCGGGCCCGCGAGGUGGAGAUGCAGGUGAAGGGGAAGGAGAAGGAGCUGAGCCAGAGGUUCGAGGACUUGAAGAGGAUCCUCCAGGAGGGGAAGGCCAAGGUGGAGGAGAAGCGCCGGCAGCUGGAGGAGGACAAAAACGCCUUCAACCACAGGCGGGCAGCCGUCGAGGCCAUGCAGGCUGAGGCCGCGCAGGCCCCAGGCUUACAGGCCGACGGCCAGCAGUCGACCCCGAAAAGAGAAAAGAGUAAGGACAGAGACAAGAAGCAUUAAAGCACGUGCAGAUGAGCGCAUCCAGGGGAUUUUGGAUUUUCUUUAAGCUUCCUGAGUUAUCAGCCUGAAAACCAGUAUAGACUCCAACGUUUGCAGCGAAAUGCAGCACGCCCAGCCCAAACCCGUGGUUGUUGUUCCAUUUAUAGGCUGCUCAUCUCUUGGGAGCAACUCGUGUCAAUUUAAUGCAGCCCUAUGACCACAGUUAUGUUGUAUUCACCUGUUCAAAGUCGAGAUGGCUGCUUACAAGGUGCCUGUCCUGGGUUGUCACUACUCUGCUGAAGAAAUUCACCUGAAUUACUUUAAUGUUUCUAAUCAGAAUUUGACUUCCCUAAAAAUUUUUUGAACACUUCUUAAUUUGUAUCUUGAUGCAAAUAAAGCCAAAUCAGUUCUUCCAUUAUUUCUUACAAGUAACACACUUCCUGUCAAAACAAACUGUACUAACAAAAUGUAGUAACGUUCUCUAAGCUUUUGCAAUCAAGUGUCAUAUGGGAUACAGUGAAAGGAAAGGAGGGUGUUAUCUUAGAGAAAAGAAACUGAGGGAAAGCAUUGAUUAUUGUCUUCAGAGAUCUAAAGGGGUACAUGAAAUUUUCUAGGCCUAGGAUUUAGACCUCAUUGACUCAAAGUCAGAUUCCUAGUCAUUAGCUCCUCCCCUCAGAAUUGGUCUAGGGGAGCUUCACUUAUGGCCGUAGAACUUUUUUUUUAAACCAUCAGCUGCUUUUUAUAAAAUUCUCUGAUCACUGUACCCCAGCUGAAAUUGUUACUCUUCUUGGUGUUCUCGUACCUUGAACCUCCUGGGAUUCAUGAGUUUAGAUACUACUCACACUUUAUUACUAAUUUCACAAGACCAUAGGAUCAUAAAUCUAGAGCUCCCUUAUUUUACAGAUGAGGAAAUUGAGGCCCAGGAAAGUUGAGGCACAUGGGUAGUAUUUGAAAUGGGAUUGUAACUCAAGUCUUCUGGCUUUAGAGUAAAGUAUUCUUUCCAUUGUACUGCAUUAUCUCCUAGAUGACUUUUGAGAUCUCUUUUGGCUUUUAAAUCUUGUGAUCUAAUUCUAUGACCACAAAAGUGGUCAUAUUGACUGACUGACUGACGUAGUAAUAGUCCAUUACAUUCAUACAUCCCAAUUGGUUAAGCCAUUACCCAACUGAUGGGUAACAACUUUGUUUCCAAUUCUUUCAUAAAACAAAAAAAAAGUCCUGGCAGAAAUAUUCUGGUGAACGUGGAGCAUUUCUGUUUUAAAUCAAUGAUGUCCUUUGGAGUACAUGGCUGGAAGUGGAAUCUUCAGGACAGAAGAGUAUGGACAUUUUAGCCACUUAAUUUACAUAAUUCCAAAUUGCAUCCCAGAAGGAUUCUUACAACAUCAUAGUUCCACCAACAAUACAUUAGUAUGUCCAUCUUUCCACAGCACCUUUAUACCUGUCUUUGACACCUUUGUCAAUUUUCUUGAUGUGAAAUGAAACGUUAGGGUUAUUUUGAUUUGCUUUUCUCUUAUUAGUGAUUUGGAGCAUUUGUUCAUGUGGCUAAUACAAGUGAGAAGUAGAAAAUUCUUUUGAGAAAUGUUUGUUUAUAUCUGU